AAUAGCGCCGACGAAAUUCAGUCGAACAUCGUGCAACGCAAUGGCAUCGACUGCACCGCAGCCUCCGCCUCUGGACGAGGGCAUCGCGGAAUUACUGAAGAAAUUCUGCUCCGAGAGCCUGGACAACUACCAAAUAACCGUAAGGGGCGGCAACGCCAAAGGCGAAGGAUUCUUGGGGGAAAUGACGUUCCUCGAGGUUAGGAGCAAAUCCACCGGAGAAGAGCUACAUAUGAUAGUGAAAUGCGUCCGGCCCAGCGGUUCUGAAGACACCAAAAAGCUCAUGACGUCUUCCUACCUCACCGAGAUUCGCUACUACACCGAAAUACUACCGGCUCUGGUGGACUUCCAAAAGGAAUUCUCUGGCGUUAGAUUGCUGGACAAUUUCCCCAAGUGCUUCGCUUCGAUCAAGGAUUUGGGUCGGGAAAAAUUAGCCCUGGUGAAUCUGGUUAAAGCAGGCUACGAAAUGCACCCCAAGCCCCGACCCUUCGACUUCCCCACUGUUGUGAAGGUGUUCAAAACGUACGCGGAAUUCCACGCAGCAUCCUACGCGCUCAAGCACCACCGGCGAGAGCGCUUCCUGGAGCUGUCGAAGAACCUACCCAACAAUUGGAUAUUAAUAAAUAACAAUUCCAGCAUGAUGGGUAAGUUCGCAGAACAUUUUUUCGGUAAAGUCAAGGGCUUCUUGGAGGAUGAAGGCGAGGAUAAAAUUUCCAAAAAAUUCGAUAAAUACGUCACGAAUAGUUUGAACGUUUUCAUCGAAAGUUGUACCUACGAUGGUCCCGACGGAGUGUUCCUACAUGGAGAUUGUUGGAGUAAUAAUAUGAUGUUUAAAUAUAAUGCCUCAAGAGAAGUGGAGCACAUCAAACUGAUCGAUUUCCAACUGGGCUUCGUGGCUCCGCCGGUCCUCGACUUGAGCUACUCGUUCUACGCUGGAGCCGACCAGCAGCAGCUCGACCGGCUGGACGAGCUGCUGGAUAUCUACCACACGGAGCUGGGGGAGAAUCUGAGAAAGUACGGUUGCGAUUUGAACGAUAUCUAUCCGAUGGAAACGCUGAAGGCGGAUUGGAGGCGGCACUGCCGGUUCGCGAUGAUCAUGGGGUUGAUGGUGUGGGUGACGAAACUCGCCACGGAUUUUACCGAUAUGCCCACGGUUAAUGAGCUUAUGGACGGUACGACUGACCCCGACGAUUUUGAGGAUUACGGGAUCAAAUUCGACGUGGAGGAGUAUAGGAAGAGGAGCUUGAGCCUCGUCAGGCAUAUGUACGAAAGGGACCUUUUAUGAGGAACGACUGGGAUUGUUGAUUUUGAUACAAAUAUUCAUUGAGUUGUUCCAUUUUUGUGUGGAUUCUUUGGGACAUGUGUUGUAUGGGAAGUUAACUAAUUUUUUGUAAAUGUUUCUGAAAUUAUUCUUAUGUGAUUUUUCAUUUUUGUAUGAUAUAUCGGGUAAUUAUGUUAUCGAGUAAUUGUGCUUAAUCAUAGUUUAAACAAUUGACGUACUGCUGUUAAUUAAAUAUUCAACAAGUUUAA